UCUCAUGCCAAUCACUUUGCAAUAUUUAUAAUUCCCCAGGGAAGAGAAACAGAGUGGCUGUUUGGUUCUGAACCUGGACGGAGACAAUUGGCUAGAAGCGUUGGAUUCCGUCGUCUGAUAAUCGUGGCCUUGCAUAGGGAUCAGCACUUUGAAAGCAUGGAUUCUAUUCAGUCAGAGCUGUCUGCUAAAGUUCUAGAACUAGCUCCGUCAGGAUUGGCAGAUAACCAGCAGAUCCCAUUUCUAUCGGCUGGCGGAGAUAUAGGAACCCGAACAGUGCAGUAUCGUGGACGGAGUGAACUGAGUGGGGAAUACGUAGUUGAGGAUGCCCGAGGGGAUGGAACUAGCUACUUCAGGCGUCUUAUAUUCCUCAAUAACCAAAAUGUGGUGCAAUCUGAGGCCAGACUACUGCCAAGUGCCACCCAAAAAGGACAGAAAAAGAAGAAAAAAGACAAGAAGAAACAGCAGCCAGCAGACAAAGGAGAGUCUCAGGCAUCUCUUAUUAUUGACAAAAGCUUCUUGUGCUGUGAACAUCACAAAGUAAUGAUCUCAGGACUGGCACUGCUCCGCAAUCCAGGAGUACUUCCAGACCAGCACAUCUCUGUAUUGGUGGUAGGACUGGGAGGAGGCAGCUUAUCCCUUUUUAUCCAUGACUAUUUCUUGGGUUCACGGGUUGAAGCCAUUGAAAUUGACCCUUCUGUGUUGGAAGUGGCCACCAGUUGGUUUGGCUUCAGUCAAGAUGAGCGUAUGAAUGUUCAUUUAGCUGAUGGAUUGGUUCAUAUCAACAACUUCGCAGACAAAGAUAAAGCUGCUUAUGAUGUGGUAAUGUUUGAUGUGGACAGUAAGGAUACCAGUCUUGGCAUGAGCUGUCCACCACCUGCUUUUGUGGAGAAAGGUUUUCUUCAAAAUGUACACAAACUCCUCAAGAAUGAUGGGAUCUUCAUUUUGAAUCUGGUGUGCCGUGAUGCCGUUUUGAAAGAACAAGUGAUGAGAGUCAUUCAUGAAGUUUUCCCUCUAAUUUAUGCUCAGAAGAUCGAGGAUGAAGUGAAUGAAAUCUUAUUUUGUUGCCCCAAUUCUGAACUGAAAAUUAACCUGACAGAUCUAAUGGAAUCAGCUAAAAACUUGGAGAAACAGUUAAAGAGGCCCGGAGUUCUCUGGGAUGAGACCUAUAUCCUGGCGGAAAUGUUCAAGUCAAUACAAAUAGUUUGA